GCCGAGUACAGGGGCACGAUCACCUCCCCACGGCUCACAACCCCUCGCCCCACAGGCAGCAAUCCAGAGGUCCGGCGGGACGGCAUCCCCAAGCCACAGAAGGUGCUGUUCCCUGCGGAGCGCCUCUCCAUGAAGUGGGAGCGGGUGUACCGAGUGGGCGCCGGGCUGCACAACCUGGGCAACACCUGCUUCCUCAACUCCGCCGUGCAGUGCCUCACCUACACACCACCACUUGCCAACUACUUGCUCUCCAAGGAGCACGGACGAAGCUGUGACCAAGGAGGCUUUUGCAUGAUGUGUGUUAUGCAGAAUCACACAAUCCAGGCUUUUGCCAACAGCGGGAACACAAUAAAACCAGUGUCCUUCAUCCGAAACCUCAAGAAGAUUUCCCAGCACAUCCGCUUCGGGAGGCAGGAGGAUGCGCACGAGUUCCUGCGUUGCACCAUUGAUGCCAUGCAGAGGGCCUGCCUGAACGGCUGCACCAAGUUGGAUCGCCAGACCCAGGCCACGACGCUUGUUCACCAGAUCUUUGGCGGUUACCUGCGGUCCCGUGUGAAGUGCUCGGUGUGCAAGAGCGUCUCGGACACCUAUGACCCUUACCUGGACCUGUCACUGGAGAUCGAGCGUGCUGCAAACAUAGCGCGGGCGCUGGAGCUGUUCGUGAGGCCGGACGUGCUGGGUGGGGAGAAUGCCUACAUGUGUGCCAAAUGCAAGAAGAAAGUGUCGGCCAGCAAACGCUUCACCAUCCACCGAGCUUCCAACAUUCUCACGCUCUCGCUGAAGCGCUUCGCUGGCGUUGGUGGAUGCAAAAUCACAAAGGACGUGGGGUACCCCGAGUUCUUGAACAUCCGCCCUUACAUGUCUCAGAACAACGGGGAUCCCGUCAUGUACGCUCUCUACGCAGUGCUGGUGCACUCCGGGUUCAGCUGCCAUGCAGGGCAUUACUACUGCUACGUGAAGGCCAGCAAUGGGCAGUGGUAUCAAAUGAACGAUGACGUGGUCCGCUCCAGCAACAUCAAGGUGGUCCUCAACCAGGAGGCCUACUUGCUGUUCUACCUGAGAAUCCCCAGCCCCAAGAAGAGCUCAGAGGGACCCAUUGCCAAAGCUCCUUCCAGCGUGGCUGACCGCACCAGUGACAUCCCCGGUCAG